AUGGAGAAUGAUGGAGGGCUGCCCGAAGCUGGGGUUGUUAAUCAACCAUUACCUUCGGAGGAAGUGAUGGAAGAAGCUUUAAGAAGGAGCGCUCUAGCAGUUUCAGAUUCAAAGGAAACUGUUCACACAGAAUCCUAUAAGGGACCCAUCAGGGUUGCUUUGGAGAAGGUGGAAGCGAAGAAGCAACCUAAAACGACUGAGGAGAAGAAGAAAAAGAAGAACAAGGAGAAGAGGGCAGAAGGAGAUGAAGAAGCCCAGCCAAGGAAGGAAAAGAAAGAAAGAAAAUUGAGUGAGAAGAGGGAACGCAGGCGGGAAAAGAAGCGCUUGAAGAAGAAGGAAGAUAAGAGAAAGAGGGCUGAAAGCCCAGAGAUCGACGGAAAAUCAACCACCGCAAGGGUGGAUGGGGGGUGUCAACGCAACAAAGAGAAUCAGCACAACCUGAAGAGGAAUCAACACAAAUAA